AAAAAAAUCUUACUUCAAAGCCGAUUUGCCCAAUCUUCUCCUCUCGAUCCCUUUCCUUACACUGCUGAGUCCCGUUUCAGCUCCCACGGUUCAAUCGCACAUUACCGCUAUGCCAGAGCUGUGCGAUGGGCGUCUUGAUGAUCUCCUGAGAGAAGCGGCUAGUCGCCUUGCGACGAAGCAGCCGCCACGGCCCAAGGAUUGCGCCUUGAUUGCCAUCAAGGCCGUACCUGUCAAUCCAACUGCGGAUUCAAAGGUGCAGCCCAAGGCACAAGACUCAAAAAGCAUCAUGCUUCGCGAUCCUAGGCCAGCGGAGAAGAAGACUGCCAAAGAUAAUGCCGGCCCGGGCUGGUUUGGCAUCCCCAAGACGGAUCCCAACGAUCCCGAGCUGAAGCGAGACCUCCAGAUUCUUCACAUGAGAGGAACUGCCAUCGAUUCCAAGCGCCACUACAAGAAGGAAUCCCUCAAGGCCAAGGUGCCUCGCUACGCUCAUGUCGGACGCAUUGUCGAGGGCCCGACCGAGUUCCACAGCGCCCGCUUGACGCGCAAGGAGAGAAAGCAGACCCUUGUGGAUGAGUUGUUGAGCGCAGAAAAGGCAUCGGGCAAGUUCAGAUCCAAAUAUGAGGCGAUCCAGACGAAGAAGGCGAGCGGCAAGAAGGCGUUUUACAAGAAAUUGGUUGAGCGCCGUCGGCGCAGCCGCCAGUAGCCAGGCACACGCUUUGCUUUUCGUGUCUGGACAUGUCUCUUUUAAAUUUUGUGAUACCCGAAGUCGCUGGCUGAUAGACAGUCGCGCAAAUCAAUUAAAUAUGGACUUCCAUGCAGCUGGUGUAAAGAACGCAAGACAUGAGUGAUGGAAAUGUUUUAGUGACAUAGUAUCAAAUCCAAUCACCACCUUACAAUCAA